AUGAAAUUUCAAUUCAUCUAUUAUUUAGGAUCAAUUUUUGGGAUUCUCUACCUCUCCAAGUCUGCAAUUAAGCAAAUAAUUAAAUUCAAGAGUUUGUCUGGAGACAGAUCAUCAAAAAAUUACUUGCUAUCAAAGAUUCGACAGGAAGGUCAAUAAUCGAAAGGACUACAGUUUUUCACUCACAUGUACAUCACUGGAACUUCGAAAAGAACAGAGGGUUUGAGAUGGACUAAUCCAAGAUUAAAGAAUUAUUUACUCAUCUCUUAAUUGGGAUUUAGGUAGGGCUAGGAGGCAUUUUUUUCAAAUAAAGUGGUUGAUCGUGCACCUAUUUUCAAACUUAAAAAUGCAUACGAUUUGAAAGUUUAAGUCAGCACUUUGAAUGAGUUUAAUUUCAAUCUGGAGAAGGCCCUCGUGAUAUUCUAGGAGAAUAUGAGUUUUUGGGGAUAGACACUCUUCAAUCUCGGGUUGAUAAAGAGAGAAAUAAUCGCUGGUCUUCCUUAUAAUAAGUAGUAUUUGAUUUUUUUGGGGACUUCAUUCACAAUCCAGAAACUAAGGUAAAAAUUGGCUGAGGUUUCAGAUUAUCCUGGGCUCCGUUUUUCAUUCUUUUUGUCAAACAUCAUUUAAAUUUUGGGGAAGAUUGGAAUGGUGGGUUACCUGUUACAUUUCUUAUAUAAGUAGAUAGGGGCAUACUUGAAGCAAAACAUUCAAGAUGUCCUUAUUUCCUAAAAUCAUCAAACGUUAAAAUGCUUCCAAUGCAAAGUCAGCCUGGCGAAUAUAAUUUAUGAGCCUUGUUUUCACAUGAUUUGUUGUGUGGAGUGCUCUCAGAAUCAGAUACGUUGUCCUAUUUGUUAGAAGAAAAUAUCGAAAUAGAUAAAGGUUUUUAAUGAUUGA